ACGUCUACGUCAGUUUCUGCGACCAUAUGCUUACUUUUAGCGGAUACAACGUGGAGAAGAGGGGGUUUCUAUGUGAAAGAGACCCCAGGUGAGAGUUGCAGUGGUGGUGGGAUGAAGGUGGAGGUCUGAGAUGACCUCCGAGAUCCUCUCCGCCAUAAACAUCCUGACCAAACCUCUGGGCGAGGCGUCUGCACAGACUUCACAGCAGGAGGCCCUAAAUGUGGCUCUCGGGGCCAACAGGGCCCUUCUUCUGGAGCGCCUUCAGAGCGACGGCGGCCUGCAACGGGCGGGGCGGCUCAGGGAGGAGGUGAAGGCAGCAGCCGACUGGUUCAGCAGCGACACAGAAGACGUCACCUGGAUUUUUGUUCAGGAGUGUCUCCUCCUCCUCCUCACCUUAACCCAGCAUCUGACAGAUGAGCUGAAGCGCUUCAAGGGGGCUCCGCCACCUCCUGCAGGAAAAGUCCGUACACCUGAAAUGGCCCCGCCUCUCCCCCCCGACGUCCUUAGCGUCUCCCAGCAGAAGACGGUCAGCUCCGCCCUGCAGUUUGUGGUCUCUCUGGGGCUCUGUCCGUACCUGUCCACAGGGGUCGGCGUCCCACUUGGCCGCAGGUCGGCGUUCGGUGCUGUGGUGGAAGAACUGAUCCAGAAGGAGGCUCCGCCUCCUGUGGGACAUCGUUUGCUGACCACAACCAGAGUCCUGCUGCAGGUGGCGGAGCUGGCAACCCUGGCCACGCUGGUGUUCAGCAGACAUCUGGGGGACGUCAUGGCAGCGCUGUGCCAGCUGGGCUAUGAGCCGCAGCGAGAGGACGACCAGCCACUUGGCACAGAUGUGCGUCAAUGGUGUAAAGAGGCCCUCAGGAGCCUCCUUGGAAAAGUCUACCAGCCAAUGGUUGUCAAGGAGCUGCUGAUCCUUCAAGGUGGACCUAAACAGUCGGAUCCAGCUGAGGGCUCCAUCGGACCUGGCAGCAGUAGAGCCUCUCGGGGUUCUGCUCCGGCUUGGCUGAGGCGCCUCUGCGGUCAGCUGCUGUCAGAGCGUCUGAUGCAGCCUAAUGGUGUUCAGGCAGUCGUCAGAGCCAUCCUGGAAGGCGGAACGGGGGGCGACUCGGACUGGAGAAGAAGUGAUGCAGUUGCUCGGAUCCUGGUGGCCUGCCCCCAGCAGUCGGCUUCAGCAGAUGGCUACUUCAGCCUGGUCUGUCCUCAGAUUCUUGACCUCCUGCACUUCCGAGACAAGCUGACGGCCCAGCAGUUCCAGCGAGUUGCCACCAGAGCGGCGCUCUUGAUGGUGCAGGAAAGGCCCGGCUUUGCUCAGCAGUACCUUCUCACCCCACUGCUGGCUCCUCUGCAGAGGUGCAUCACUGCCUCUGUUGAAGAGCACCCACAGGUCGCUGUAGAGGAGUAUGAGCUCACCUGCUGUUUGGAGGACGUAUACAAGGUCUGGGUGGUUGGAAACGCUUCAACUUCGACUCUCCUGUCAGCGCUCAAAGAAGUUGUUGCCGUCAUCUUCACGCUAUUCUGUUUCACCAAACAGAACGUCUCUCAUCUGCGCACCACCUGCCAGGACAUUUUGCUUUGGUUCCUGAACCAGUCGGAGAAAUCUGCUGCUCUGUCGUCUAUGAGGCAGCUUUCCGGCCUCCGAGAGUGUAAGAAUGAUGUGGCGGUGGGGUUCCAGUUCAGGGCGGGCGCUGAUGGAGGCGUAAGGCUCAACUGCAAACAGACCUGCAGUGAUGAGGAUGAAGAGCUGUACGAGAAGCUGUCCAGUGAGCAGUGGAGGCUGGAGUGUCUGAUGCACCUGCUGGCUCAGCUCAAGGACUCAGACCUGCCUGGGGAUUUCUUCCUGGAACUGCUGCAGGAGCUGACCAGUUGGGCUGCGACAGCCGAUAAAGAGGUGAAGCAUGAGGAUGAGGUGGAAGUGGCAGCCAUGACGCUGUUGAAGAUGGAGCAGCAGCUGCUGGGUGGAGCAGAGAGACAAGCUGAGAAGCUGGCGCUUCUUCAGGUGCUGGCUGUGAUGGUGGACUGCCUGCAGCAUGAUCAGCUGCUGAGGAAGACCUCACAGGUUGUGGACUUCAUGGCGUCCUUGCUCCAGAGAGCCUGUGUUGGCCUGAAAGGGCCCUCAGGAGCAAGUGUUAGGAACCCAGUGGAGAGUCAGACUCUGAGCAUGGGGAUGGGCCUGUUGGCAACUCUGCUGUCUGCACCUCAGGUCAGCCCAGAGGACUACUCCUGCAUGCAGCGCCUGCUCACACCUCUGGAGGCGCUGUCUCAGCAGCAUCCUGAUGUCGUCAUUCAGGAUCUGGCGUCCAACCUCAGAGUUGUCAUUGCCACUCAUGGCGCCUACAGGCCUGAAAACCUUGCAGAUGUUGCUGGUCCGGACAGAAAUGACAGCAGGUCCCAACAGGCCCCACAGCAUCACUGUCCUACAGAUGGGGGAGGGGCAUCCAGCUCAAGCCAGGCAGAUCCUAACGACAAACCUCUGUCUGACUGGAUGCUAGAGGCGUGUGACCCUGAUGUGCCCACCCGAGCCGUUGCCCUGAGAGUCAUGACUCAGAUGGUGCGACGCAGAGACCCAGAGGCCUUCCAGGCUCAGGAGAAGAUCCUCACGCUCUUCCUGGAAAACCUGGAGCAUGAAGACUCAUUUGUCUACCUGUCAGCCAUUCAAGGUCUGGCUGUUGUCGUGGAUUCCUACCCCGGUCGGAUCCUUGAGAGGCUUCUGAAAGAUUUUCAGCAUGGCCCGUCGCUCCCGUCGUCAAACAAGGAGAGCUCUCUGGAGACUCGGCUGAAGGUGGGGGAGGUCCUGAUGCGGGCGAGUAGAGCCAUGGGGGAACUGACGCCACACCUGGGACGUCCUCUGGUGAGCGUCUUCCUGCAGGGAACCCGGGAUCCGGACCAGAGUGUCCGAGCCAGCAGCCUGUCCAAUCUGGGGGAGCUCUGCCAGAGACUGGACUACUCACUGGGACCGCUGGCACAAGAGCUUAGCUCCUGUCUGACCGCUCUGAUAAAAACAGACAAGGAGGCCGAGGUGAGGAGAGCCGCUGUCCACGUUGUUGCUCAGCUGCUCCGAGGCCUCAGUGAUAAAACCACCCAGGUUCUCAGCGAUGUUCUCCUGGACCUGUACCGGGCCCUGAAGUGGGUGGCUCAUUCAGACCCAGAUGAGGUGGCUGUGCUCCAGGCCCAGCUGGCUCUGGAGGAGCUGGACGAGGUGAUGAGGAGGUUCAUCUUCCCAGAGCAGAAGCUGGAGAAAAAGAUUGUCGUCCUGCCAUAAAGGUUUGAGGAGUACAACCAGCAAAUGGAAGCAGAAAUAUUCAGCAUCAAGAAAGAAGCGACGGCACAAGAGGCUGGUCUCCUUCAGCACGCAGCUCUGGGUCAAUUGGUACCAAUAAAUGAUAAUAAUAUUGGAGCUAUAAAACAAACCACUUUGAGCUGAUUAAACCAUGAUGUAAAGACUUUGAACCAACGUGGUUUAGCAUUUUGAACAGUUGUUGAGAUAAAUGCUCUUUUAGGUAAUAAAAUUUGAUUGGCUGUUUUUUAUGUGUGAAUAAAACUUUGCUAUGCUCUAUAUUCCCGUUUAUUUUCAUUUUUGAUUCAUUUUUAAACAACCCCUGAAUAAACCAACCUGACUCUGUUA